AAUAGUCACAUGACACGUUCCUGUCAAGAUGGCGGAUAAUCUCCCUUCGGAGUUUGAUGUGAUCGUAAUGGGGACGGGUUUGCCUGAAUCCAUCAUUGCAGCUGCAUGUUCAAGGAGUGGUCAGAGGGUUCUGCAUGUUGAUUCAAGAAGCUAUUAUGGAGGAAACUGGGCUAGUUUUAGCUUUUCAGGACUGCUUUCCUGGCUAAAAGAAUAUCAGGAAGAAAGUGACACUGUCACUGAGAGUUCAUGGCAAGAGCAUAUCCUUGACAGUGAAGAAGCCAUUGAGCUUAACAGGAAGGACAAAACCAUUCAACAUGUGGAAGUAUUUUAUUUUGCCAGUCAGGAUUCGAAUGAAGAUGUUGAAGAAGCUGGUGCACUGCAGAAAAAUCAUUCCUCUGUGGCAUCUGCAAACUUCACAGAAGCUGUAUCUUCUCUCUGUCAGCCUACUGAAGAUGACUCAUUAAAUGCUGCAGGCUGUGGAGUGGCUCUAGAAUCAACCCCAAGCAGUGACCCAGAGAGUGCCCAAGAAGUAAAUGAUGCUCAAGUGGCAGGGGAGAAAGAAAACCAUAGUGAUGAUAAAACUUCCCCAGAGGAAACAAGUGAAAAUGUCCCUAUAGUGGAGGAUAUCGCAGAGCAACCAAAGAAAAACAGAAUUACUUAUUCUCAAAUUAUUAAAGAAGGCAGGAGAUUUAAUAUUGAUUUGGUAUCAAAGUUGCUGUAUUCUCGGGGAUUGCUAAUUGAUCUGCUAAUCAAAUCUAAUGUCAGUCGAUAUGCAGAGUUUAAAAAUAUUACCAGGAUUCUUGCAUUUCGAGAAGGACGAGUAGAACAGGUUCCUUGUUCCAGAGCAGAUGUCUUUAAUAGCAAGCAACUUUCUAUGGUAGAAAAACGAAUGCUCAUGAAAUUUCUUACAUUUUGUAUGGAAUAUGAAGAACAUCCUGACAAAUAUAAAGGCUAUGAGGAGAUUACAUUUUCUCAAUAUUUAAAAACUCAAAAAUUAACACCCAACCUGCAAUAUUUUGUCCUGCAUUCAAUUGCAAUGUCAUCAGAGUCAAGCAGCAGCACCACUGAUGGUCUCAAAGCUACCAAGAACUUUCUUCACUGUCUUGGGCGAUAUGGCAACACUCCAUUUUUGUUUCCCUUAUAUGGCCAGGGGGAACUUCCUCAAUGUUUCUGUAGGAUGUGUGCUGUGUUUGGUGGAAUCUAUUGUCUUCGCCAUUCUGUACAGUGCCUUGUAGUGGACAAAGAAUCCAGAAAAUGUAAAGCAAUCAUAGACCAGUUUGGACAGAGAAUAAUCUCUAAGCAUUUCAUUGUGGAAGACAGUUAUUUUUCUGAGAACACAUGCUGCCGGGUGCAAUAUAGGCAGAUCUCCAGGGCUGUUUUGAUCACAGAUAGAUCUGUCCUAAAAACAGAUUCAGAUCAACAGAUUUCCAUUCUGACAGUACCACCAGCAGAGGAUGCAGGAACUUCUGCUGUCCGGGUCAUUGAGUUAUGUUCUUCAACGAUGACAUGCAUGAAAGGCACCUAUUUGGUUCAUUUGACUUGCACAUCUUCUAAAACAGCACGUGAAGAUUUAGAACCAGUUGUACAAAAAUUAUUUGGUCCAUAUGAAGAACCGGAGCUAGAACAUGAAGAAAUUGAAAAACCAAGAAUUCUCUGGGCUCUCUACUUCAAUAUGAGAGACUCUUCAGACAUCAGCAGAAACUGUUAUAAUGAUUUACCAUCCAAUGUUUAUGUCUGCUCUGGCCCAGACUGUGGUUUAGGAAAUGAUAAGGCAGUCAAACAGGCUGAAACACUUUUUCAGCAAAUCUGUCCCAACGAAGACUUCUGUCCUCCUCCACCAAAUCCUGAAGACAUUAUCCUUGAUGGAGACAGUUUACAGCCAGAAGCUUCUGAAUCCAGUGCCACAGCAGAGGUCAGCUCAGAGAUUCCUGUUGAAAAUACAAGCCUGGGAAACCCAGAGGAACCCUGUGAAUAAAGUAUAUACACCAAACUCCAUUCCCCGCUUUGGAAAUUUUUCCUGGCCUCAGAGUUUUCUUGCUACAAGGAGUGGUUUUUUAAUGUUCAAAAGCAAAAGCCAAUUGACAUACAGAAGUACAAGAAACAAGUCAGAGAAAUCCAGAGGGGAAUUUUCUUUAAAGAGAACAUUCCAGGAACAUGAAAUACUUGUAAAGCACAUUGAUUUGCCUGUUUUCAAAUACCAAACCUAGGAAAUUGGCAGAUAAACAUUGUAAAUGGAUGAAUUCCCAGGAAUAUUGUUAUGGAUAUGAAAGUGAUCCUAUGCAUUGUUGAUAAUUUUGUAGUGUUAGGACUACUUUUAUUUAAUAUUUUGAAUCUUUGUAGGAAAAAAUCACUUGUUUAGAAUUAAUUCUCAUAUUCCUUUUGAUUGUUUAAAUUAUUUUCUUCAGGAGUAUGAGAAUCAUGACAUAAGAGAUAAUAGCAUACAUCAAACUAAAAUAUGGUACACAGAGUAGCCUACAUUUGGAAUAAAUGUCUUAUUUUCUGUGUUAAGAAUGGAAAAUGAGCUGGGAGUUGGUGGCUCACACCUGUAAUCCUAGCUACUCAAGAGGCUGAGAUCUGAGGACUUCAG